AAAAGAAAAAGAAGAAGAAAAAAAAAGAAAGGACAGGAAAAUUUGCGAGGGAAGAACUUCCCGGUGGAAUCUCCCAUUGAUCAGGCGGUAACCAUCCGCCUCGUCGUUUUCUCUGCUUCGGAAUUUCAUUAUCGGCUAACGAAUCGAAUUUCAGGUUGCGACGAUAAAUUUCUCAUUCUUCUUUGUUUCAUCUGCCUUUAGCCGAAACAAGGAAACGAAGAAAAAUGGCGUCGUGGAAUUCGAUUCCUCUCGAGAUUACCUACGAAGUACUGGGAUGGUUCGCCUUCGUUUCCUGGUCCAUCAGUUUCUAUCCUCAAGUCAUCUUAAAUUUCCGUAGGAAGAGUGUCGUCGGACUGAAUUUUGAUUUCGUGCUGUUGAACUUGACUAAGCACUCCACAUAUUUGAUAUAUAACGCCUCGCUUUACUUCAGCUCCGCUGUUCAGAAACAGUACUUUGAGAAGUAUGGUUUCGAUCAGAUGAUACCUGUUGCUGCAAAUGAUGUUGCUUUCUCUAUACACGCUGUUCUGUUGACGGCAAUCACGUUGUUCCAAAUUGUGAUCUAUGAUCGUGGAACUCAGAUAGUUUCCAAAAUAUCGCUUACAAUUGUGACUGUCGUAUGGAUAUUUGCGGCAAUUUGUUUCUUCAUUGGUCUGUCUAGCCAUUCUUGGCUCUGGCUAAUCUCCAUAUUCAACUCAAUUCAAGUAUUUAUGACGGCUAUUAAAUACAUACCUCAGGCAAUCAUGAACUUUUUGCGGAAGAGCACUCAUGGAUUCAGCAUUGGCAACAUAUUACUCGACUUUCUGGGAGGAUUGGCAAAUUAUGCACAGAUGGCAGUGCAGUCCGUAGAUCAAAAUUCAUGGGUAAACUUUUAUGGCAAUAUUGGGAAGACACUGCUCUCUUUGAUAAGUAUAUUCUUUGAUCUUCUAUUCAUGCUUCAACAUUACGUACUAUAUCCUGGCAAGACGCCUGUUGUGUCUCAGAAAGCCGAUGAAGAGAGCAGAGAGGCACUUAUUGCGCCUCCGGAUCGCUCACAGUCCGAAGGUGUAUAAGGUUAGGUUUCUCUAAUGUGUAGCCGAAAAGUGUUUGGUUGGAGUAAAAAUUUGUCAAUUAUGGCAUAAAAACGCAUUGAUUUAUCAACUAUUACGGAUGAAACAAAUUUCACUGAAGAUUUGGAUGUAAAUAUAAACAUAUUUAGUGGUGAGUGUUGAGGCGUUACCUAGGUCUUUAUUGUUUAUGUUGUGAUGACAUUGAAAAUUAAAAUAACCCCAGUGAGCUAUAUUUGGUAGCUAUAAUUAAUUAGAGUUGAAAUAUGAGUUGGGCUUG